UUUAAGAGGUGGUGCUAGUGUGAGCGGAUGGGCCGCUGGUCCCGGGGACACAGAGAGAGACAGAGGGAGGCAGAGGGAAGAGGAACGGGAUGGAUUUCAGCGUGAAGAAGCUGGCCUCGGGCGCCGGCGUCUUCUUCACCAGAGCCGUCCAGUUCACUGAGGAGAAGCUGGGUCAAGCAGAGAAAACUGAGCUGGAUGCACACUUUGAGAAUCUCCUGAGUCGUGCCGACAGCACCAAGAACUGGACAGAGAAGAUCCUCCGGCAGACUGAGGUCUUGUUGCAGCCCAAUCCAAGUGCACGAAUUGAAGAAUUUCUUUAUGAGAAACUCGAUCGCAAGAUUCCAUCGCGGAUCACCAAUGGGGAGCUGUUGGGCCAGUACAUGGUCGACGCGGCGAGUGAAUUUGGUCCUGGGACCUCUUAUGGCAGCACUCUGAUCAAGGUUGGGGAGGCACAGCGACGACUGGGAGCUGCGGACCGUGAUUUCAUUCAAUCUUCUAUGAUUAACUUCCUGACACCACUCCGUAACUUCCUGGAAGGUGACUGGAAGACCAUAUUGAGGGAGAGAAGGCUCUUGGAGAACAGACGAUUGGACCUGGAUGCCAGCAAGACCCGAUUAAAGAAGGCAAAGGCAGCCGAGGCCAAGGCAGCAUGUGAGGGAGAAGCGACACCAGAUUUUCAGGAGACCAGGCCUCGUAACUAUGUGCUGUCGGCCAGUGCAUCUGCGCUCUGGAGUGAGGAGGUGACGAAAGCAGAGCAAGAGUUGCGAGUGGCACAGACGGAGUUUGACCGGCAAGCUGAGGUGACCAGGUUACUGCUGGAGGGCAUCAGCAGCACUCACAUCAACCACCUGCGCUGUCUGCAUGAGUUUGUGGAGGCUCAGGCCACAUAUUACGCCCAGUGUUACCAGUAUACAGUCGACCUGCAGAAACUCCUGGGCAGCUCCGAUGGUGAAAUGUUCCCUGGUGCAUUUGUGGGCGAAACCAACACACAGGUUCCACCCAGUGGUGUUUCCCCCUCUGCUGCAACCAUCCCUGUGGUCCCAGCAGUGGUAGGGCCUUGCAACCCAUCAGCACCCUCGAUGACGUUCACUGAAGUGAGCCCCCCUUCCACUGGGACAAGGAAGGCUCGUGUUCUCUACGACUAUGAUGCAGCUGACUCCAGUGAGCUUGAGCUUCUCGCUGAUGAGCUCAUUACAGUGUAUAGUCUGCCGGGAAUGGAUUCUGAUUGGCUGAUGGGAGAAAAAGGCAACAAGAAAGGGAAGGUGCCUGUCACGUACCUGGAGCUGCUGAACUAACAUCCUGUCACCACCUCUGCCCAACGUGAAGGCUCAGCACGUGCACAAACUCCACACCGACAUUCACUCACUCACCAACCUCAUUUCAUUCAUUCCAAACUCUUUCUGGUGACUUCAGUUGUACCAGAAAGCUGCAAAAAGUGUGCAAAUAGUUGAUAAUGCCAUAUUUUAAAUUAUUUUGUUCCAAUUUAAAAUAUCACAAACCUGUAUUAAAAUGUCACUUUUGAACCACUUGCUUGGAAAAGCCCAAUUAUAAUUUAUAAUGAGACAAUGGACAUCUGUGGAAACGAGCAUUGAGCUUAAUGGUUGCAUGGUUUGCUCGUGGAUGCUUUUCUAGUGCACACACUGAAGAAUCCCUUAAUACAGGUUUGCCCUGUUUGCAGAACUCCAUUGAUGUAUCUGGCCAUAUCAUGUAACAACUCAUGCCAUCAAGAAGCAGUCAGGUAGAUUGUUUUUUUCCCCAGUAAAGAUGGGAGAAAAUAAAGUUGAGACUCCUGUGCAGGUUUACAACAAGCCUUCAAGCACUAAGUGUGUACACACCUGGAAGGUGAUUUACUUUUAAAGAAGAAUUUUACGUCCUGUGCAAGGGACUUUUUGCUUGUCAUUUAAAUCCAAGGGGUUGUUAUGUUUUGAAUUUUCUUAAGGGCUUGCAAGUGUACAGUGUCUCUACAUCGGAGGUAGUCCGAGAAAGUUAACUAUUUGUGUUUGGACGUGGGGAUGAGCAAGGAGUAACUACACUGAAUGAUACUCUUCAAUGGGUCAAACAUUUUCCAUUCACUCUCCUGAUCACAAGAAAUGUCAGAUGCAAUUAUAUUUAAAACUAAACACAGGAUUUAGAUUAAAUCAAUUUUACACUAUAAUUCUCUUUUUGUAAUUUAAUUUUUUAGGAUAAUUUCUGUUUCAAAAUGAUCUAAGUUAAUGGAAUUGAACCACUUAAGGGCAUUGGAAUUGUAGUUUUUGUCCUUUUCCUGUUGGGUAUAAAUGUUCACUCCUUGUGUAAAUGUAUAAUGCAAGGUCCUGGUCGCGUGUUCAUACCCUGGCUAGUAAUGUCUGCAUCAAUGUGUACCAACUCCUUCAAUCCGAUUUGGGUGUAUUUGCUGCCUGUUAAUGCUGUACUACACAUAGUGAAUGAACUUUAAUAAAGCAUUCCUCAACCA